AUAUGAGAAGGUAAUACCUUAGAUUCUUUUUCACUAUAGGCUCAUCUUAAAAAUUAACCCCAACAAUAAGAAUUCCAAAUUAUUAGUUUUGUCAAGCUAAAUAAGCAGAUGAUUAUAGAAGCAUUUUAUUUAAAUUAAACCAAAUACAUUAAAGAAAACAAUCAGAUCAUAAAUGUAAAUGAAUAAUGUUAUAAUAAAGAAGUCAAAAGUUUAUUACAAUAGUUGAAACCCUAUCUGCCUUAAUUUGAAAAUCAAGAACUAAGAGAAUUGUUGUCUAUUUCCUUUGCUUAAUAGAUAAGUGAUGAAAAUUAUGCAUAAAAAAUAUUUGAUAGAACAACUUAAUUAUAUUUAGAAUAGUAAAAUUUUCAAAUAUAAUCAUUAGAUAAGCUACUUUGACGGAAACUCUCGAUAUAAUAUCCUUAUUGGUACCAGGAGAUUACUCAAAAUAAUUUUAUUAAUAAUCAUUCAAUUUUGUUGCAGCAGUAUCAUAAGCUCCAGAGUUAACUCCUAUAUAAAUUGGAUUGGCUAUGUUCAUUUAUGGUUAAAUUUCAUAAUAUACAAAAUGCAAUAAUAAGGAUGUAGAAAACUCCUUAAUUUUAAAUUUUAAAUAAAGCAUAGAUCAUUUUAAGUCUUAUGAUCUAAAAAAUUUUGCUUUCGGUUUAAUAUUGGCUAGAAUUAAAAGAAAAGAUAUUUUUGAAAUUUUGGAAAGACAGAGUUUAGUUAUAGAGAUGGAAUUUUAAGAUUUAAUUAGGUUCAUUUAAUUUUUCUAUAUUUUAGAGUUGCAACAGGAAUAGCAUUAUUCGGUAAUGGAUCCCCUGAAUUUUGGAAAUUAUUAGAAGAAUAAUCUAUAAAAAAUAUACCAACCACAGAUCCUUAAAAUAUGACAACAUUAUUUAUGUUGUAUAAAUAAUUAGGACAUGGAACACCUGAAAUUUUUAAACUUUUAGAAUAAUAUUUUAUUCAAAGAUAUGUGGAAUUUAGUAAUAUUUAAAAAUUACAGAUGUUUUCAAGUUUUGCUAAAAUUAGAUAUCCUUCAUCUGCAAUUUUUAAGCUUUUCUUCAAAGACAUUGUUGGAAUAAUCCAAAGUGUCAAUAUUACAGCUGUUUAAAUGUUAAUUUUUGAUUGUUAAAAAGUAAGAAAAAAAUUAAUUUACUUUAGAUAUUCCCCUAGUUCCCUAAACAAGUUCAACAAUUCUUUAUAAACUUCAUUUUGAAACAUUAUUAAAAGUUUAAUCCCACAAUAAAGUCAAAACUUUAUGAUUCAUUUUAAGAAUAAAAAUUAUUGACAGAGGAAUUAGAAGUUGCAUUGUUUAAAAAAAAAUGA